GUUAGAAAGAUACUUAAGAGCUCGGCAUCACCCCACUUGCUCCAAACAGCCCCUAAUUGUACACAGCGAGCAGCAUCCUGUGCGCAGUGCCCCCCAGAUCCAAAUUGGCCUCCAGAGAGGAUGUGGGUGACCUGGGCACCGUGACGCGUUCUGAGACGGAAGGGGAGGAUUUGGGUCCAGCCCGAUAACAGCCUGUGUUUCGUGAAAGCGAGCUUGAAACCGGAGCACGUUCGAGUCGAGUGCGGGUCACCACCGGCCUGGCUCGCUGGUCACCUCUGCCCUCCGGCGCCCAGCUUGCUUGACUGAGCAGCGAGCUGCGCUGUCUGGACGUGGCUGCCCCCGGCCGUGCCUGCCCGUGAGGACCGGCCGGCCCCUUUCGUACCCGGCGCUCCGGUCCCGCUGUGCGAUCUAGUGUCCGCUCCGCUAGCCCGGGUCGGGCAGCCACGUUUCCAACGUGAAAUUAAACGUCCCACGUGGACUGCUGCCCGCAGUGUGAGUCCCGCGUGGCCGCCAACGCGGUCACGUGCCGCUGGUGUGGCGCCCGCUCCCCGCUUCGCUUUGUGAAUGUUCAUCUUGUGCUUCUUACGUUUUUAUGAGAGGAAACGAGUCUUCGCUCUUCCUUAACCUCUGCUGACUUGCAGAGAAAUGAGGUUAAUGAGAUUUUAUUGAUGAAAACGACGACUCUCGGCUGUGUUAGGGGUCCGUGUGGGAAGUGUGGGAGGACUGUCCCCAGAUUUUGGCGCCGGGCUCUAAAGCGGACCCGUCCCCCUGACGAUGUGGCUUCUGCCUCUCCCCGCAGGGUCUACGGCCCGGCGGAGCCCCAGACCGCAGUGUUUGAGGACGUGUGUCCCCUGCUCACGUCGCUCCUAGACGGGUACGACGUCUGCAUCCUGGCGCUGGGACAGACGGGGAGCGGGAAGACCUACACCAUGCUGGGCCCGCCCUCGGACGCUCCCCGCGACGUGGGGCUUGUCCCCAGAGCCGUGGAGGGACUCUUCAGGCUCAUUUCAGAAAACCCGUCGAGGAGCACGCAGGUCGAGGUGUCCGUCAUGGAGGUUUAUAACAACGACAUCUUUGACCUUCUGGCCAAGGACGGUCGCACAGCGGUGCCUGGCGUCAAGCCCGAGGUGUCGACGACCAAGGAGGGCAGGAAGGAGGUGUCGCCGCUGACCCGCGUGGCUGUGUGCAGUGCAGGGGAGUGCACAGCGCUCAUCAGGGCCGGUCUGCAGCUGCGGGCGCAGCAUGCCACCGCCGUGCACGCGGCUUCCUCUCGCUCACACCUGAUCGUCACGGUCACUGUGACCACAGCGCCCUCCUGCCACAGCUCCGCGGAGCAGCCGUGGAGCCCCACAGCGCCCCAGGAGGCCGGGCCCCCGCAGCCUGCCGCAGGGAGGAGGCGGGGUGCGUCCCGCAGAGCCUCGCCGGGGUCCCCGGGGGCCUCGCCCGCGGGCCCCGCAGCACACGCAGAGCAGGUGCACGCCAAGCUGCAGCUCGUGGACCUGGCGGGCAGUGAGUGUGCCGGUGUGUCUGGAGUGACAGGCUCGGCCCUGAGGGAGACUUCCUGCAUAAACCGGAGCCUGGCAGCCCUCGCGGACGUGCUCCGGGCCCUGUGGGAGCGCAGAGGCCACGUGCCCUACAGGAACAGCAAGCUCACCCACGUGCUGCAGGACGCCCUUGGAGGUGACGCGAAGUUGCUGGUGAUGGUGUGCGUGUCCCCCUGCCUGAAGCACGUGGCGGAGACGCUGCAGAGCCUGGGGUUCGGGGUGCGGGCGCGGCAGGUGCAGGGGGUUGGCCCAGCCCGCAGGAGCCCCCGGUGCUGAGAGCUGCGGCCGCCUGUGGGGCUGGGCUUCCCUCGACCCCGCGCGCAGUAAACCUUCUUUCCUCGGACCCGACAAACCUCAUUUUUUCCAACAAGCUGGCCAUAAACGGUGACAGGCGCCGGAGCGCAGGCCGGGCCACGUCGUCAGAGCAGCACGUGGCCCGGCGAGCGGCCCUCGAGCAGCCCCCACCCUGGGCGGGCGGGUCCUCGGGGCAGUGCUGGGAGCAGAGGGGAGAAGCCAUGCGGGCCCCACCGCCGGCUCCCAUCCCGCACAGAGCAGGCCGCCGUCCCCGGCUCUGAGGCCAGCACCUGGGACCAGACAGGCCAUCGUGGUGUCCCCCGCCCACAGCCCCGUCUCUCUGUGCAGCAAGGCCACCAGAGGUGCGGGGGGAGGCAGA